AUGGGCACACUAGCAUAUGUGCCCGCCACCGCGCCCGCCGCGCCCGCGCCGCCGCCGCACGCCACGCUGCCGCUCACCGUCGAUAAGGUCAGUCACCUUGUACCAGCACGAUCGUACAUCCUGAUGCACCCAUAUGUGGCCGCCACCGCGCCCGCCGCGCCCGCGCCGCCGCCGCACGCCACGCUGCCGCUCACCGUCGAUAAGGUCAGUCACCACACAUAUGUGCCCGCCACCGCGCCCGCCGCGCCCGCGCCGCCGCCGCACGCCACGCUGCCGCUCACCGUCGAUAAGGUCACAUAUGUGCCCGCCGCGCCCGCGCCGCCGCCGCACGCCACGCUGCCGCUCACCGUCGAUAAGCCAUCAUGCGUGUGCAGCUACGAAGGAACGAAUGCGCCCGGCACCGAAGACGCCGAUGACUAUCGAAGCGAAUGCGAAAACUGCAAAUCCGCUAGCAGUUCAAGGUGUGGUUCGCAGAUGGGUGUUAGAGGAAGGUUGGGAGGCGGAGGAGGAAGACGGCACGCAGACACUACAGCGCCGCGCGCCGCCCGCCGCGCCCGCGCCGCCCGCCACCGCCACGCUGCCGCAGCCCGUCACCAAGCAGAGGUGAACCUUGAACCUUACGCCGCACGCAUACAGUCCACUCUCGACCGCCGGGCGCCGGCACUAGACACUGCCGCGCCCGCGCCGCCCGCCACCGCCACGCUGCCGCAGCCCGUCACCAAGCAGAGGUGAACCUUGAACCUUACGCCGCACGCAUACAGUCCACUCUCGACCGCCGGGCGCCGGCACUAGACACUGCCGCGCCCGCGCCGCCCGCCACCGCCACGCUGCCGCAGCCCGUCACCAAGCAGAGGUGAACCUUGAACCUUACGCCGCACGCAUACAGUCCACUCUCGACCGCCGGGCGCCGGCACUAGACACUGCCGCGCCCGCGCCGCCCGCCACCGCCACGCUGCCGCAGCCCGUCACCAAGCAGAGGUGAACCUUGAACCUUACGCCGCACGCAUACAGUCCACUCUCGACCGCCGGGCGCCGGCACUAGACACUGCCGCGCCCGCGCCGCCCGCCACCGCCACGCUGCCGCAGCCCGUCACCAAGCAGAGGUGAACCUUGAACCUUACGCCGCACGCAUACAGUCCACUCUCGACCGCCGGGCGCCGGCACUAGACACUGCCGCGCCCGCGCCGCCCGCCACCGCCACGCUGCCGCAGCCCGUCACCAAGCAGAGGUGAACCUUGAACCUUACGCCGCACGCAUACAGUCCACUCUCGACCGCCGGGCGCCGGCACUAGACACUGCCGCGCCCGCGCCGCCCGCCACCGCCACGCUGCCGCAGCCCGUCACCAAGCAGAGGUGAACCUUGAACCUUACGCCGCACGCAUACAGUCCACUCUCGACCGCCGGGCGCCGGCACUAGACACUGCCGCGCCCGCGCCGCCCGCCACCGCCACGCUGCCGCAGCCCGUCACCAAGCAGAGCCGAACGGUGAUGGGCCCUCCUUCCAACUGGGAGAACUGGUUUAACACCAUACCGGACUCGGACACCGAGUCUGAAGAGGAGUAAGAUUCUAUAUAUUUAUUUGCAAAAAGAUAAACAAAAAAAUAUGUAUUAAUUUAUUCGUAGCAGCUUCUUCGAAAGAAACUAAAUCAACUAACAUUCCCCUUUAAGGUUAUGAGAAACCUUUAUAAUAUGUAAUGAGCAAUAUAAACCCCACCAAUUACAUAAUAUACAUUUAUUUAAGUCUAAAUUCAUAAAAUGAACAAAAUACUGCCUUUAUUAUAGAUGAAUCUAACCAUUCCGGUUUAUUAUUAUGAUAUAUUAAUAGUGGAACAUCACAAUUUGUGCACAAGCAAUUUUACUAUCGUAAUACGCUUUUUUUGCAACACAUGAGAUGUGUUGUCCAUUAUAAAUUAUUUUUUUACGUAAAUUAAAAAUAAUUGAUUUUAUUUAUUUAUUAUACCAAAGAUUAAUUUGUUGUAUUUUACAAUUUUACAUUUUAUUAAAAUAUUUUUUAUCAUUUUAUUUACAUUUUGUAUUAGAUAAGAGCCCAAUCAAUCGUUUUGUAAGUUUAAUUAGGUAUAGUAUGAGGGAGGGAGGAUACAUACAAAAUAGUAUUACAAUAAGUAGGUAAGUGUAUUUAAUUUUAUUGUAAGUAUUUAGGUAGCCAUUAACAGAUUCUAUCAUAGAGUAUAAAUUGUCGUAAUUUUCAAAGGAACAUUAAUUGGUGUUGAAAUUAUCCUGUUCAAAAAUUAAUAAAGCUCUCUUAGGCAAAAAUAUUGAAAAGUUGACGUUUAUAGAGUAAUAAUACUAGGAUAAAUGGUGCCAAAUGAGAACUGAAUACAAGGAAAUUUCGAGAAUGAACUCAAAUUCAAAAUUCUACUUGGAUCGUAGUAAGGUAGAUAGGUAGACUUUGGAAUUAUUAAUUUUGAAUUAUACUAAAACUUGUCUCCAUAAUUAUAUUCCUGAAAUUGAGUCGCAAGCAAACGAUAAACUAAAAAGCUCCUUAAAUAUGGUACAUUUUUGUUGUGAUGGUUCAGCCCUGUAUUAAUGCAUGGUUCAACCAAAGUAAACCUUUAUGGCGUGGUUUUGAAAUUGUGUAGAUAUUGGUACUCGCGUAUAGAUGCUGAGCUCAAAGUUGGUAUUUUUAACAAAAUAUUGAAUUUAUUAACGUCAGUUACGUACAAUUAACAUAGCAUUUUGUAUACUCUAAUAAAAUUAUCCACGGAUCUAUUUUUGUCUAAAUAAAAUAUUUAUGUAUUAAAUUAGAUGAUUCAUGUUGUAACAAAAUAAAUACUUGUAUUAAGAUAUUACAAAUUUUCCUUUAUUUUACGCAUGCCAAAUGUAUAUUUAUUGUAUUUUGUUGGAUAGAUAAGAUGUUCGAUUUAGACCGUUAUAAAUGAAAAAUUAGGAUUAUUAAUAGUCUGAAUUUUCAGGGUUGUAAGUAUUAAAAUAACGGUUGUAUAAAAUAAUAUUUUAAUCAUAAAAUAAACAAUAUUGAGUACUUUGAUCAAGUAGAAGACCCCUCUCAUUUUAUUUUCGAUUAUAUCAAGCCUUAAAUAAAAUUAAUUUAUUAUUAAUAUUUGAAUGUUGUUUAAAAUGUCUAAGCAUAUUUUUUUCUUAAAGUAUGAUUUUGUAGAUGAUGAUUUUAAAUUUAAGGUGAAACACAAGUGAGUAAAAUGUAAAUCGUAUUCGUAAGUACCUAUAUGCAGUAACAAUAGUAAUAAUUUGGCAAUACUGCCAGACGGAAGUCUCCUUUGAUUCCAGUGUAGCAAUGAUCAGUAUUAUAGCUGUUUCCGAACCAAAACCUAUGUAUAUAACUGAAUUAAACAAGUUAUUGGGAAA